UUUGAGAAUGAAUGAAUUCGCGAGUGAUCUAUUAAAAAUGAUCUUUUGAAUGAUUUUUUAAAUUGAUCUUUAAAGAUUGAUAAUUUAAUAAAAACAUUUGACAGUGGUUAAAAAUAUUUAAAGUGUUACUCAACGAAACUCGAGUUUUUCAAUUCCUAAAGUGCAAUAAAGAAGAAAAACUAUUUCUUUGUAAAAACAAAAAACUCAUUAAAAUAUUCAUCUAGGACGUUUUAGAACGUGAAGAUCGUUUAAGUGAAGAUCGAAGAAUUUGCAAGAAAAGGAAACUGGAACAACGAAUGCUUUCGUGAGAUUUAAUCAAAGAAGUAAGAAAAAGUAUGACGAGCCAUCCGGGAUACGAUUACGAGGACAGAGGUCAAAGAAUCCGCCAUCGUGUCGGUACUGCUUCUAGACCAGCCGAUUCCACCGUCGCUUGCAGCAGUUCUCAAUAUUACGUCGGUCCAAAUAGUGACAUCAGUGAAGAGGAUAUAGCAGAAUUACCUUCUUGCGUUUACGCGAGUAGAUCCUCUCAACACGUUGCACAUGCUUCCUCGCACACGCAUUCACCGUUGCACUAUCACAUGCCAGUUGCUACACCAGAUCAUAAUGAUACUGAUAUGAACGGAGUUGAAGAAGGUUACUAUCCAAAUGGCAGUCCGUACAGAAUUCAACGACAUGCCGCAAAUAUACGUGAAAGAAAACGUAUGCUUAGCAGCAUCAACUCGGCUUUCGACGAGCUUAGGGUUCAUGUACCAACAUUCCCGUACGAAAAGAGACUCUCAAAAAUUGAUACUCUUCGUUUGGCAAUAGCUUAUAUUGCUCUUCUUCGAGAAGUCCUAGCAGCGAGACUUGAUCCUUUGACUUAUGUUGAGAGGUGCCUUAGGGGUGAAAUUAAUGGUGAACGUGCUGAAUGGAAUACUAGCGAUCUGACUGCACGUUUGUCAUGGAUUAAUUGGGAAAAUUUAGGAGUCAAUCCUAAUCGACGUUCAGUCCUAACAACUCUCGCAUUAACUACAGACAAUAUGAAUUACAAGUGUUCAAAAGUGAUAGAAUAUAACGAAGAAAAUGUCGGAAAUAUCGCAUCAUUAUGUCAACAAAUAUCACUGAGAGAAAAUAAUAUAAACCGAGAAGGGAAAUCUAAAGAAGAAAGAAAAAAAAUGGAAAGAAACAAUAGAAGUUUGUAUACUUUGGAACAAAAAGAAGAGAAAUCUCAGAUGGCACUGUCAGAAUAUUUUAUGACGGUGCCGGUGACAUCAUCUGAAAUUUCGACCAAUAAUCAAUCAGGUUGUUCUACGAGCGGCAAUUUAAAAAAAGGAAACAUGGAUGCAUUGAAAUUUCCUUGUAAAAUGAUAAUUAAUCAAUAUAAAAGAUCUUUUGGAGAUGACAGUGAUCAUAAAAAACAAGAUUUAAUCAAAACAAAUGGUAGCAGUGGAGAUAGUUGUAAUUCUAAUUCUCUUGUUGAGAAAAUAAAAGGAAUUAAUCGGACGAUGAGGAAUAAAAACCGUGGAAAUUUAGAAGUUAGGCGAAAUCCAAUGCGGGUUAGUAAGAAAGACAUGGAUAAAAAUUUUCGAUGUCCAAGACAGUGUCUGUUGUCGGUUAAAAGGAAAGAUUCCUUCGAAAAUUCGAUGUUUACGGUCUCUGAUCGAACUAAAUCAUCACCCACACCAUAUAUGAACACGAGAUCGGUUACUCGUAAAAUGUGUAAUGUUGGAGCUACUUACCAAGCACCUACGAAAAGAGACGAAACUCAAUGGAAGGAAUGGCCUGUUCAUGGAAUGCAUGAAAGGCCGGUUUUUCAUCCGCAGGUCGGACUUGCAGCUGAAUAUUUGGGACGUUAUUUCGUCAGUUUAGAUGGACUUUCUUAUCAAGAAAUCGUUGAUCGAUUUGAAGUAGAAGUGGUCUCGGUAGAUCCUAAUGGUGAAUGGUCAUCGUCCAACGAGAAGCAACGAAGUAGAAAGGUGAAACAUUAA